GUAUUGAAAAUGAUACCUUAACAAUUUCAGAUGAGUUUUCAGUUUUACCAACAGAAAAAGAUAAUAAUGGUAAUGAUAUAUCAUUAUUUAUUCUUGGUACUAGAUGGCAACAUCGAGCUGGCUGGGAACCUAUAGUAAAGGGUGAGUUUACAGCAUCAGCUAAUAGAAAGACUAUUACUAUUCCACUUUCUGUUUAUAAUAAAAAUGAGGAAGCAAAGCUUCAAAUUUCUAAUUCACUCAAAAAAAAAUAA